AUGUCGGAAAGAAAAGUAUUAAACAAAUACUAUCCUCCGGAUUUCGAUCCUUCGAAGAUCCCUCGCAUGAAAUUAGCCAAAAAUCGUCAAUACACUGUACGAUUGAUGGCACCUUUCAACAUGCGAUGUGCAACUUGUGGCGAGUACAUUUACAAAGGAAAGAAGUUCAACGCCAGAAAAGAGGAUGUUGAAAAUGAGGACUACCUAGGUAUCAGAAUUUAUAGGUUUUAUAUCAAAUGUACCAGAUGUCUUCAAGAAAUUUCAUUCAAGACAGACCCAAAGAACACAGACUAUGAGAUAGAGGCAGGUGCCACGAGGAACUUCAUGGCUCUGAAACUAGCCGAGGAGCAAGCUAAGCGUGAGGAAGAGGAGCAAAAGGAGGAAGAAGCUAAUAACCCUAUGAAGCUUCUUGAAUACAGGACAGAACAAUCAAAACAAGAGAUAGAGACUCUAGAGGGAUUAGAAGAACUGAAGGAACUAAAUAGAAGACAGCAUGCAGUGGACUUUGAGGGGAUGCUCAAACAAUACCAACCGGAGACAUCAGACGAAAGGAGAGCCCGGGAGGAGAAGGAAGAUGAUGAGUUUAUUAAAUCAAUCAAAUUCAACAAUCCAUCAGCGAAAAAGGUGAUAGCAGAGGAAAUAAUUGAAGAAGUGAAAGAUGAAGACGACAGUGGACCACCAGCCAAGACUUCUAGAAUAGAAAUAAUACCUCAGCGAACGAGCAAUGUGAAAAAGGCAGAAUCUUGGAACAAAAGUAUAGGAGUGUUAUCUAAGAAGUCGACGUUAUCGAACUUAGUGAAAAGUAAGAAGGAUACUGAUUCAAGUGUUCCGACGACUACAGUAAGUACUGACGUAACAAGUAAAGUGACAACACCGGCCUCAGGACUCUCGUUGCUAGCAAACUACUCUGGUAGCGACAGUGAUUCCCAAUAA